GGGCCGCACGCAGGCACCGAACCGCUCCAGCCGCGGCCCGCCACCUCUUAAAGGGAAGUAGCCGGUCCUUAAAGGACCCUCGCGCGUUGUGCACGGUGUGAGCAGGCUGGCCCCGGUUCCCGAGGGCGUCCGCGGAGUGAGGCCAAGCACUGCGGCGCCCAGGCGCUGGCCCGGGGCUCUCCCGCCCUCCGCGUCGCCGCCGCCGGCAGCAGCAUUUUUAUUCAGGCGACGCUUAAGGGAGCCCCGGCCGCGCCCGGUGCAUUGUGGGAACGUCCAAGAGUCCCGUUUUCGGGAGGAGGAGGAGGGCGAAAAGCGAACCGGCAUUGGAAUGGAUACGUGUGUCAUUCCGUUGAGGCAUGGUGGUCUUUCCUUGGUUCAGACCACAGAUUACAUUUAUCCUAUCGUAGAUGACCCUUACAUGAUGGGCAGGAUAGCAUGUGCCAAUGUCCUCAGUGACCUCUACGCAAUGGGAGUCACAGAAUGUGACAACAUGCUGAUGCUCCUUGGAAUUAGCAAUAAAAUGACUGACAGGGAAAGGGAUAAAGUGAUGCCCCUAAUUAUACAGGGUUUUAAAGACGCAGCAGAAGAAGCAGGGACAUCUGUAACAGGUGGCCAAACAGUGUUAAACCCCUGGAUUGUUUUGGGAGGAGUUGCUACAACUGUCUGCCAACCCAAUGAAUUUAUCAUGCCAGAUAAUGCAGUGCCAGGAGAUGUGCUUGUGUUGACAAAACCUCUGGGUACCCAAGUAGCAGUUGCUGUGCACCAGUGGCUGGAUAUUCCUGAAAAAUGGAAUAAAAUUAAACUAGUGGUUACCCAGGAAGACGUAGAGUUGGCAUACCAAGAAGCAAUGAUGAAUAUGGCAAGGCUCAACAGAACAGCUGCAGGACUCAUGCACACAUUCAACGCCCACGCAGCCACCGACAUCACGGGCUUUGGAAUUUUGGGUCACGCACAGAACCUGGCCAAACAACAGAGGAAUGAAGUGUCCUUUGUGAUUCAUAACCUCCCUGUCCUGGCCAAGAUGGCAGCUGUGAGCAAGGCCUGUGGAAACAUGUUUGGCCUCAUGCAUGGGACCUGCCCAGAGACAUCAGGAGGUCUUCUAAUCUGUUUACCACGUGAGCAAGCUGCUCGGUUCUGUGCAGAGAUAAAGUCCCCCAAAUAUGGUGAAGGUCACCAAGCAUGGAUUAUUGGGAUUGUAGAGAAGGGCAACCGUACUGCCAGAAUCAUAGACAAACCCCGGAUCAUUGAAGUUGCACCGCAAGUGGCCACUCAAAACGUGAACCCCACACCUGGUGCCACCUCUUAAUCCAGGCAGAAAUCGCUAUUUGGUUUUCUUUUAAAAUAGAUCUAUUCCUUUAUCAUCAUUUCAAUUAAAGACUAUAAACAACAAAAUUCUCAUUGUGUCUACACAUCUGGUGACCUUAGGUCAGUUUGUGAGUGGAUGCAAUUAAUAAAAUCCAUUGCCUUUCUUUCCUGUUACAUUAACUGAAGAUGCACCUAGUCUUGAGGCAGCUUCUGAGUUGAGAAUUAUAUUGUUAUCCAAUACUGUUGAUUCAUUUUGAAUCUUUAGACACUUAUCUCUUGCCGCAUAGGCUCUUUUUAAAGGUGCUUUCACAUAGCACAGACAUUACCAAUAGUAGUGUCAACUAGCAGUUUGUGUCUCUUCAUUUUAUGUAUAUUUAUCAUUAUACGUCUCCUGUUUUUUUUUUUUUUAAAAAAAUGUCUUGAAUGGUAUUCUGGAAAGACAGAAUUGAUGAAUGACAUAAUGGCUAUCACAGUGGUAGGAGGAUUGCAUGAUUUCUUUGAGACUUUGAUUUGUGAAGCCCAGAAUUGAUCAUUCAAGGCAUCUCGUUGACCCAGGACAUUACCCAAUAGUGCAUUCAGUUCGACAAGGCAAGUGCUUCACUCUGCAUGGAAAGCACUUUGAAAACAAAAAAGAAAUUGUAUUUCUUUUUUUUUUUUUAUAGCCUCCUGAUAUUUACGGUAGUAUCAGUAACUGUUUUCUUUAUUGAUAUCAGAAAAAGGAUACUUUUUGCAAUGUAAUUAGAUGUUCUAUAGUACAAGGAAUUGCCUCCCUAACGGGACUUCGUGUAUAAUAUUCAUUUACAAUUCAAUAUAUAAUUAACUGCGCAAAUAAUUUUUAAAUAUAAUCAAUAAUAAAGACUGUUCUGUGGAUGCUAGUGUUUAAUACAUUUUAUAUUUUGUAUAGUGAUUUCAGGCCUUUUGUUUUCUUUAAAUCAGCAGCUAUUUAGCCUCAUUUUUAGCAUUACUUUGUCUUUGCACCCGUACUUUUCUGUGCACGCUUUUUGUGAUCUGUGUUAAAAAUCUGCAUUGCCAGGAUUGUAGCUCCAACUUGAUAUUCAAAUAAAUAUUUAAUUUUUUUUAUUGCUCUUGUAUAAUCAGAUGCCCCAUUUAGUAUUAUUUUAGAAGUGUUGGGGAGGGUUUUGCCUAAAAGUACAAUUUAUUGGGGAAAGCUAGAUUUUAGUUUUAUAACACUUUUCAGUCUUUCAUGGGACCUAUAUUUUCUUGAAUUAAAUUUUGUAGUUCUAGAACAAAUAGGCAAUCGAAAACGGUGUUUAUCUGUGUUAGUUAAAACAGAGGCUUCCUUAUAUUUUCACCUACUACGCAUUUAGGGGAGAGUCCUGUUAUUAAGCACAAAUGCACUGACUCCUCAAGUGUCUGUCUGCAAAAGAGAAAAGCACCACAUUUCCAAGUUUCUGAAUGCUUCUUGCUCACAGGCACCAAAGCCUUGUCAACUGCUCAACUUAUUGCCAAAGGAAACCAGCACUGGGAAGAUGAAGCUCCUGGAAGAGGCUUUAAUGCGGAUGGCGCUCCUUCAAGAAUGAAUGGGCAGCCUCUGUGCCUGAGUAACUGCAACGCAAGCCAUAAGUACAUUGGAGGCUGCUACCGAACUGAAAUGAAUUGGACAUUUUAUAGGAGUUGAUACAGAUGUUGGUCCUCAAAACUAUCUGCAUACCAGUGGUCUGCAAAAUAAAAUGUGUUGGAAACCUCU